CACUGGGCAAUUUGCAAUUCCAGCAAUCGCAACAAUUUGAGGGUGAGCCUACAAGUGGAGCUGCACGAUCCGGUCGAUAUCGCAAGCCUUCCCAGAAGCACAAGAAUAAGGAUCCCACUCCUCCUAAGCAUAAGAAUCCAGCUGGUCGUCUUUCUCACUGGGAUUACACUCACAGCGCAGAGUACGAUAACACCCACAACUCGGACGACUCUAACACCAACUCGAACGAUCACUCGAACAACAACUCAGACGAUAACUCCGCUAACGUGAACGCAACCACCAGCACAACUGAUACCACCAAUACCAACACUGGCGGUAGCACAGCUCAGACUGCUGACGGUGACGAAGACGAAGACGACGAAGCUGCUAAAGGCGGCAACGGCGACAACUACUUUAACCAUCUAGCAUUCUCUAAGUCCGCCGUCGAUUGUCCUAAACACCUAAUUGUCUUUCACGCACAAAAUUUCAAGAUGGCCGCACAAGAAGAAGAGCAGCCGCAACAGCGAGUCUUUGUUGACGGUUCAUUCGCUGAGCUCGCCCAAGAGAUGGCUGAUCACCUACACAUCGGAGAUGAUGUGAAGCCGCUUCUAGAGAAAGACCAGAAGGAUGAGGCUCUUAAGAAGAUCGUCCUUGCAUCACCGGCACUCAACUCAGCACCUGAGAAAGAGUUCGGUCCUAGCUACAACCUACUUAUCUAUUUGGUCCUACAGUCCGACAACGCUGGCAUGUUUCUCCCUCGAGUUUGCGAAAAUCUCAUGAAGCCUAUCACUUCUUCUCCUGUCCACGGCUCCGGCUUAGCCCUCACUGCUCUUACCACCAUCUUCAACCUAUUAAACAAGGACACCGAACGAGACAACGAGUUGCGAUUCAACGUUCUCAUGGCUAUUCUGCGAUUCGUCAAGCUGAACAGCACCUACAACAGCCUUAAGGACACUCUACCUCAUAUCAAGGAUUGGCUUAACAAGUGGGAGACGGAUGAGGAAGACCAGCGAAAGCUCUUCCUAGAAAUUGCUGAAGUAGCCCACGAUGCAGGUGAUGAUGAGGUUUCAUACCAACACGUAAUCAGUGCUCUACGUACUUUUGAUGAGGAUGAAGUCAAGUCACAGGAAGCUCAGCAACUUGCACUCCGCGCCCUGAAGACUUCGAUUCUGUCACCUACCCACUUCGACUUCCAAGAUCUUCUUGCCAUACCUGCCAUCCAAGCUCUUAACGACUCAAACCCUGUUUACUUCGAACUCCUUACUAUCUUUGCCGAGAAAGACCUUGAAGACUACAACGACUUCAACGAAGAGCACCCCGGUUUCAUCGAGAAGGAACACCUGGAUAGCAAGACUCUCCACCGUAAGAUUCAGCUACUUACCUUCGCGAGCUUAGCAGCUAGCACCCCAAGCCGCGAAAUUCCUUAUGAUAGCAUUGCCAAGGCACUCCAAGUCUCCCCCGAAGAAGUGGAGAUGUGGGCGAUCGACGUAAUCCGCGCUGGCUUAGUUGAGGGCAAGCUAUCGCAACUUAAGAAGGUAUUCCUUGUUCACCAGACAGUCUACCGCGUUUUUGGCGAAAAGCAGUGGCGCGAAGUAGGCGACCGUCUUGACAGCUGGAGAACGUUGCUUACCAACGUGAUCGCAAACCUACGUCGAGAACAAGCAUCCGCCGAAUCGAAUAAGAAGCGUGAGGUGGAGGAGCUUGAACGACGUCUUGCAAAUGCGGGUGUUGGCGGCAGUUCCUCAAACACAGACCGACGUAGAGGCGGGGGUGGUGAUCGCGGUGGUGACCGAGGCGACCGUAAUGAACGUGCGCCCCGACGAGAACGAACGGAUGACGAUGAUUAGAUGAUUUCCUUUACUGUUAUCCCUGAAGUUUUCCGUCUUUCGAUCGGUUGCAUCGGGGAAAAGGUUUACGGCGUAAUGUGGCAUUUAGGGGCGAGUUCUGAUUGCGCAUGGUUCGCAGGCUUCGUUUGCGAUGGCUGGCGAAACAAUUUUGUUGCGCUGCCUUCUUCGCUUGACGAGAUACGCUGCGAUGCAUUGCGAUUGAACUCGUAUGGCCGAGCUCACGGCCAGGAAACGUUGUAAUUGCCCCUCCAUUGGUGGUGGCCGGUGAUUUAUCAGGAGUUGGCUCCCGCAUACUCUGAAGGCUUGUAUUUAGAGGAUACAGAAAAGUUCUCUAGGCAGAUCAUUACGCGCAGAUUUCCUCACGAUUAAAAAAGAGGUAUUACCAUCA